CAGACCAAGACAGAAGUGGGGCAACAGGAGACAAAGAAGAUCCGACUGCGGUUGGGGACAAAGGCAAGGCCUCCGGUUCCUAUUAGUGUGACAUAGGUGGAAGAGACAGUCGCAUCUCAAAGCAAUAUGGAUUAUAAAUCUAGCCUGAUUCCGGACGGAAACGCCAUGGAGAACCUGGAAAAGCAGCUGAUCUGCCCCAUCUGCCUGGAGAUGUUUACCAAGCCCGUGGUCAUCCUGCCCUGCCAGCACAACCUCUGCCGGAAGUGUGCCAACGAUAUCUUCCAGGCUGCGAAUCCCUACUGGACCAACCGCAGCGUCUCGCUGUCCAUGUCUGGAGGUCGGUUCCGUUGCCCCUCGUGCCGCCAUGAGGUGGUGAUGGACCGGCAUGGGGUAUACGGCCUACAGAGAAACCUCCUGGUGGAGAACAUCAUCGACAUCUACAAGCAGGAGUGCUCCAGUCGGCCGCUGCAGAAGGACAGCCACUCAAUGUGCAAGGAGCACGAAGAUGAGAAAAUCAACAUCUACUGCCUCACGUGUGAAGUGCCUACUUGCUCCUUGUGCAAGGUGUUCGGGGCCCACCAGGCCUGUGAGGUUGCCCCGUUGCAAAGCAUCUUCCAGGGACAGAAGACUGAACUGAAUAACUGCAUUUCCAUGCUGGUAGCAGGGAACGACAGAGUGCAGACCAUCAUUUCUCAGCUGGAGGACUCCUGCCGGGUGACCAAGGAAAACAGCCACCAGGUGAAGGAGGAGCUGAGCCAGAAGUUUGACGCCCUCUACGCCAUCCUGGAUGAGAAGAAGAGCGAGCUGCUGCAGAGAAUCACCAAGGAGCAGGAGGAGAAGCUGGGCUUCAUCGAGGCCCUCAUCCUCCAGUACCGCGAGCAGCUGGAAAAGUCCACCAAGCUUGUGGAAACAGCCAUCCAGUCCCUGGACGAGCCUGGAGGGGCUACCUUCCUCUUGACUGCCAAGCAACUCAUCAAGAGCAUUGUGGAAGCUUCCAAGGGCUGCCAGUUGGGGAAGACAGAGCAGGGCUUUGAAGACAUGGACUACUUCACCCUGGAUCUAGAACACAUAGCGGAAGCCUUGAGGGCCAUUGACUUUGGGACAGAUGAGGAUGAGGAGGACUUUAUUGAAGAGGAAGAACAUCAGGAAGAGGCCGAGUCCACAGAGGGGGGAGAAGGACACCAGUGAGGACCUGGCUGAGUGAGACACCCUCUGGAUGCAGAGACUGGGGAAGCGGGUGACAGGCCCAUCUCGGGAAAGAGUUGGGGCUCAUGGGGAGGGGCACCAUGGGAAGUGUGUCUUCCCUCUGCCCGGAGGGCAGGGACUGGAGUAGGAAACCCCACCCCUGUGUCCAGCAGCGGCUGAAACCCAAUUGGAAAUGUAUUCAAAACGUCACAGGACACUUUUCUACGUUGGUGCAAAAUGAAAUAUUUUGUAUGUUUUUAAAAUGUGAUUUUUUUUUUUUUUUUUUUGUAUACUUGUAUAUGUACGCCAAUCUGGUGCUUUUUGUACGAGAAUUUUUGUAUGAUCACGCCUGGUCAUUGUGUGACUGGCGAUUGUCACAAAGGGAGAAGGAAGUCAGAUAAUAGGGCUACUCAUGUCCCUUCCUCGGUGGGAGGGCUGGGUCUCACUCCAAGGCCUAGAAAGGAGCAAUGUACUGUAUUUCAGUGCCGGUCCCCAAACAUGGGGAGAGGACUGAGUUUGUGUUACAUGUUGUUUAAAUAAAUGCUCAAGGGGCUGGGCAUG